CUCUCUUUCCUCCGCCCACCUCCCUCUCUCUUCUCCUCUCUUCUGUGGCGGUCGUCCUCGGCCGCGAUCUCUCUUCUCCGGCGAGAUCUGUCGCCGUCCUCGCAUGCGCCGCCAUCAUCCAUCCCGCCGGAGCUCGCGACGCAUUCGCCCUCUGGCAAAACAGGAAUAGGAAAAUCCGCGGAAAAAUUAGUCUUGAAAGAGAGGUUUUGUUCUCUACUUCAAACAAACAAGAAGGUAAAUACAAGAUGGCCAACAAAGCCAGCUCAAAGUUAAGCAUCGCUGUAAUUCAUCCUGAUCUCGGUAUUGGUGGAGCUGAGAGAUUGAUUGUUGAUGCGGCUGUUGAACUUUCAUCGCAUGGACAUAAAGUUCAUGUCUUCACUGCACACCACGACAAAAACCGAUGUUUUGAGGAGACUGUUUCUGGUACCUUUCCAGUUACAGUAUAUGGUGCUUUUCUACCUAGACAUAUUUUUUACCGUCUUCAUGCUUUGUGUGCUUAUCUACGAUGCCUUUUUGUUGCACUCUGUGUAUUGGUCAUGUGGCCGUCAUUUGAUGUAAUCCUAGUAGAUCAGGUUUCUGUUGUCAACCCUCUAUUGAAACUGAAAAAAUCAGCAAAGGUCGUCUUCUAUUGUCAUUUUCCAGAUUUGUUGCUAGCUCAACACUCAACUCUUCUAAGGAAAAUGUACAGGAAACCCAUAGACUUUGUAGAGGAAAUAACGACUGGCAUGGCAGAUUUAAUUCUUGUUAAUAGCAAAUUUACGGCCUCUACUUUUGCAAAUACAUUCAAGCAUCUUGAUGCACGAGGAAUUCAACCAACUGUCCUUUACCCUGCAGUGAACGUGGAUCAGUUUGAUGAACCUAAAUCCUCCAGGCUGAAUUUUUUGUCCAUCAACCGUUUUGAAAGAAAAAAGAAUAUAGACUUGGCAAUUUCGGCUUUCUCUUUGCUGCACAAGGGUGAACAUGGUGUUUUCCAAGGUCUUAAUCUGGAUCAAGUGUCACUGACGAUUGCAGGUGGUUUUGAUAAACGUCUUCGUGAGAAUGUUGAAUACUUGGAGGAGCUGAAAACUUUAGCAAAGAGGGAAGGCGUAUCUGGACAGGUUAAUUUCAUCACGUCGUGCUCAACAUCUGAGAGAAAUGAACUUCUCUCCCAAUGUUUAUGUGUCCUUUAUACACCAAAGGAUGAACACUUUGGCAUUGUUCCUCUCGAGGCGAUGGCAGCACAGAAACCUGUUAUUGCCUGCAACAGCGGAGGCCCUGUAGAGACUGUUAAAAAUGGCACUACCGGAUAUCUCUGUGAUCCUACUUCACGAGAUUUUGCUUUGGCUAUGGCUAAAUUCAUUCAAGACCCACGGCUGGCAGAGAGUAUGGGGAUUGAAGCUCGACAGCAUGCCACCGAGUCAUUCUCUACAAAGAUAUUUGGUCAGCGUUUGAAUCGAUACAUUGUUGAUGUUGCUCGGAGUAAGAAAGAUUGAUGAUCUUUGACGCAGAAUGUUUGAAGCUACACUAUCAAUCAUGCCUAACACAGGAUCACUAUAGACCAUAACCAACUCUUGUUUUACUAACUGAUCACAGGCCAUUGUGCACACUACAGAUAGGUUAGGGGCGCAUUUACUGAACCGUAAAGGAAUGUAAUGGAAAAGGUAAUGAGAUUUGAAAGAAAAAUAAAGUAAUAGGUUUAAGGGUCAUUUAUUUCCUUUCAUGUGUUUACUUGACUAUUAGAUUGUGUAAUAGAAAACAAUCCCAUUCCCUUUUUUAUGUUUACUAAA